CCGUGAAGCCACAGUUUAUAAUUUGGUGUGGAAGCGCUCAGGAUCCGCUGCCCGCCGGGGAGAGAGACGCACCGGGAGCCUCGACGCACAAACUCACCGUCAGAAAAAAUGACCGUAGAGAGAAUAUUCGAUGAGCUCGGACAUUUCAAAAGAUUUCAGGCAUGUCUGUACUUUGCAGCAAUCUUCCAGGCUGUAUCCUGCGGGAUCCACUACCUGGCCUCUGUCUUCUUAGUAGAGACACCAAACUUUGUUUGCAGCGUGCCCAGCAACAUCACAGAUGUCCUGUACGGCAACCUGACGGUAUCCAGUCUGGAAGAAAUCCUGCCGGUCUUCAAGUCGGGGACUGGGCCCUUGGUGGUGAGGACGGCUGAGGGCCAACAGUGGGAGCUCAGCCGGUGCCGCAGCGCCCUGCGCAUUGACCCAAAAGACUUUACAUACGACUUUGAUGGCAACAAAACAGUGAGAGCCUGCAGUGGGACCUUUGUUUACGACCACACUGAAGUUCAUCAAAGCAUUGUGACGGACUGGGACUUGGUGUGUGAGAGAGAGUGGCUGGCCAAGCUGUGCCAGCCCACCUUCAUGCUGGGGGUGCUGAUCGGAGCGCUGGUGUUUGGGGACAUUGCUGACAGGGUUGGUCGUGUGAAAAUUCUGAUGUUCACCAGCCUCUGCCAGUUUGUGCUUGGGGUAUCUGUAGCGUUUUCUGGAAACUACUAUUUCUUUGUGGUGCUUCGCUUCCUCCUUGCCAUGGUGUCCAGUGGCUACCUCGUGGUGGUGUUUGUCUAUGUCACAGAGUUCACUGGCAUCAAGGUACGAACAUGGACCUCUAUGCACGUGCAUGCAGCCUUUGCCGUCGGCAUCAUGGUGGUGGCUCUGACUGGUUAUCUGGUGCGGGUCUGGUGGAUCUACCAGAUCAUACUCUCCACGUGCACCUCGCCGUUCCUGUUCUUCUGCUGGAAGUUCCCCGAGACGCCCUUUUACUUGAUGGCCAAGAGGCGUUACAAGGACGCUCAGACCCUGUUGGAUGCAAUAGCCCGCUUCAAUGGUCUUGAUUACAGGCUGAAGGUGGAGGAGCUCCUGGAGCCAGAGGAGAGGGAGAAUGGCAGAGCUCUGCUGGGGGAGUCAGAGGAGCGGCCAUUGCAGUCCGAAAAGAAGCUAUCCAUCCUGGACCUGUUCGGCAGCUGGAGGAUGGCGGGCCGUACGUGCACAGUGUGGGCCAUCUGGUUCAUCGGCAGCUUGGGCUACUACGUGUUCUCUUUAGGCUCAGUCAACCUAGGAGGAAACCAGUACAUUAACCUCUUCCUUGCUGGUUUAGUGGAGCUCCCCUCCUAUAUGGUUGGCUGUUUUGCAAUGGACCGGAUUGGGCGGAAGAAGACUUGUGCCCCAGCUCUGCUCCUGGCUGGGAUCGCUUGUAUGCUCAUCAUUGUGGUACCUGCUGACAUUCAGGUACUGGCCAUAGCUCUCAGUAUGACAGGGAAGUUUGCCAUCGCCAUUGCCUUUGGUCUCAUCUACCUGUACACCUGUGAGCUUUACCCAACCAUCAUCAGGUCUCUGGCAGUGGGUAGUGGCAGUAUGAUGUGCCGUGUUGGCAGUGUGGUGGCCCCCUUCUGUGUGUACCUGGCUGAGGUCUGGGUCUACCUACCUCAGCUCAUCGUAGGAAUCCUGGCAUUCAUUAUCGGAGUGCUGACGUUGUUGUUGCCUGAGACCCUAGGCAGACCUCUGACAACCACAUUGGAAGAGGCUGAAGCUCUGGGACGAGAGCCCAGCAAGAAGAACUCAGCCCUGGGCAAUAAAGAUGCCGAGGACGGGUUGGAGAUGAAUCAACAUGAAGCCAAGGCUUGAGUUAUACACUGCUGGAAGAGAGAGAGAAAGAUGCACAAAGAGAAGCAAAUGGAAAGAAAAAUGAAGGAAAAGAGAGGAGGUGAUGGCUGCCAAAAACUGACAUAUUAGCUUCAUUGAUUUAUUGGAUUGUUGGAAGAAAAUGAAAAAAAACAACAACAAGCUUUUUAAAGACCUUGUUGAAAUGACGUGUUUGUUGACAUUUUGUUCUGUAGAGAGACCAACAGUUCUUUUCACUCUUCUUUAAAGGUCUUCAGACAUUACACAAAGCCUCAUGCGUGCAUACAGAUCUCAGUUAUGUAACAAUCAGUCACAGAUGUAGUGCAAUCACAGUGGCCAGUUGAAUUCAAUGACAGAGAAAAUCAUAUGUGGUAUGUGUGUGUAUAUUGUGUGUGUCCAGUUGUGGGUGUCCAAGACCCAGGAAACAUAUAGUAUAAUAAAGGAUCAUUUCAGUUUGUGACAACUUCAGUCGUAUUUUUGAAGUUUUGCCCAUUAUUUUUAUUAGUUAACUAAUAACUUUAAACUCACUACAGUAAUUUCUGAGAUCUGGAAGCAUGGUAGCUAUAACACAAGUCUGAUAGGGCAAGAAACACCAGCAGUUAGGUGUUGUAAACAAGCCAACUGUUUAGCCAAAUUAUCAAAACAGCUUUAUUUGGAACUCAAAGGAACUGUAGCACACCAGAAAUGUCAGUAAUAAAUCACACAGGAACAGUGUGUAUUAUUGUGCACAGUGGGUCAAAGUUGAACCAGAAAUUGUGAUCUCAGAUCUCAGCAAUUAACUGCAAAGCCAAAACUACAAAAAUAAGACCCAAAUUGUAAUAAUCUGGAAUUAUCCUUUAAAAAGAGGAAGUUACCGUAAGUAUAGUGACACAACAGUCAAUUUCUGUACUGUGAUUGAGUUACCUCUCUGAAACAUCUAAUCAAUCAAUCAUAAGUGCAGAUCAUGGCUGUGCAUAUAGUAUUAAGGUGUACAGAUGUUAUUCUAAACACGUGUAAUACAUAUCAUUUCCAGGAUCUAAACAAUAUAAUGAUUUUUUCUAAUAUGAAGUGCCAUUUUUUUAUAUUUUUUAUAAUUUUCAACUUUUUCUUUUGUCAAUCUCAGGGCAUCCUCUUUUGGAUAUCACUGUGAAAUGAUCCUAAACAUACCGUUUACUUUUACACUCAGUUUGACAGUAUCCAUCUUGUUUAAGAUGCCAUUGCUUAGCUUUAACUUUGUAUCUAAUGUUUGUGUGUGUGUGUGUGCAUGUGUGCAUUGGUAAGUACAGUAGUUGGUGUCCCAGUUUUCUACGUGCUUAUUCAGUGUAUACAAUCUAGAUGCUGGACAUACUGAAGGAAAUGUAUGUAGUAAGACGUGAUCUCCAGAUGUUUGGACCAAAGGCAGGAAUGAAGCACAACAGUGUGGAGAUGUAUUGACCUGCUUGCAAUGUUGUAGUGUACUACUAGCAUGUUUUUGUUUCAUAUCAAACCAUAGUAUGGUGCUUUAAUCUAAAGGAGAUCAAAAAAUCAUGACAAUCAACUGGUAUCCUAACAGUGAAGACAUUUAAUCACCAGGUGGGGUAAAAGGACUCAGUAUUUAAUUCUGGACAGAUUUACAAUCAACAGUAUGUUGUUGUUUUUUUCGUAUGGAUUGAUUUUUUGUUAGUAUUAUUUUUAUUUCAUUGCGCAAAAAUAAAUAAGAUGUUGAAGUUGU